UGAAUGUUUCUAGUUCUAGGUCAAGUGUUAGUUUCAAUAAAAAUGUUCGGGGGUGCGCUUGGUUCUGGUAUUUUAGCCGCUUGCGGAGUGAUACUCCUCACGUUAUCCUUUUUGCAAAACAUUAUAGUUCCAGAGUUAGCUAUGGAUUACGAAAAGGAACAGGAAUAUCUUCAAAGGCUCUUUGAAGAGGUGGAGACCGAUAUUGAUGAUGAUAAUGCGAGUUUGACAAGUGACCACGAAGAAAUCCAAGAUCAUAACACCGAUGACGAACAAACAAUUGAGCCCAUCGAUUUGGAUGUUCCACUGUCAGGGAAAAACACGGGGCAACAGUCUGCUGCAUUUUAUAUAGGAAAACACGGAAAGACACACUGGCGUAAGCAUCCUGGAAAUAAACAAGUAAGAACUCGUGCAGACAACAUAAUCAAGGUUCUUCCUGGUGUAAAAAAAAACGCAAAAGGAAUAAAAAGUCCGCUAGAGAUCUGGAGCCUUUUUUUCCCUGACAAUAUUCUAAAUGUUAUUGUAGAAAACACAAAUAUUUUUAUUGGCAUGGGGAAUUAUGAUACAUCUAAUCGAACAGCAAGGCCAACCGACAUUAUUGAAUUGAAGGCACUUUUUGGGUUGCUAUAUAUUUCAGCAAUGUCAAAGAAUAAUCAUGUUAAUGCGGCUGAUUUGUUUAGAACGAAUGGUACCUCUAUGGAGAUUUUCCGUCUCACUAUGUCCGUUCAAAGGUUCAAAUUUCUAUUACGUUAUAUUCGAUUUGACGAUAAAGGUACUCGUGAGGAACGUCAAAGGCAUGAUAAGUUGGCGCCAAUUCGAGAAGUAUUUGAUGCAUUUAAUUCCAACUUACCUAAAUACUUUAGCUUGUCUGAAUAUACAACAGUCGACGAAAUGUUAGCAGCGUUUCGUGGAAAAUGUGGAUUUCGUGUUUAUAUGCCCAAUAAGCCAAAUCGAUACGGUAUCAAAAUAUGUAUUAUACAACGAAAUUGGAAAUUUAUACUGGGCAGCAACCCCUUGGACCCUUCAAAGUGCAAACAGAUAAUGUCUCCCUUUUAUCUCGUCUUUGUCAACCAAUUUCCGGUAGUAGAAGAAACGUGA